AUGAUGUAUCAGCAGUGCUUCACCUCUCUGAACCCUCGCAGCAGGAAGGACGUCUGUGACACGGAGCCUGGAGGACGAGCAGCACGACGGCGUCAAAAGGUGAGAAAGCAGAUGGAUACGGAGCGUUCGUCCUCUGUCUGUGAGGAGGCCCAGAGGUCAGAGGUCAGAGGUCUACAUCUGGAUGGGCCUGAUGCUGAAGACUGGAGAGACUCAGACCUGGCCCCUUUAGACCAAACCGGCAGCAGCAUCGUGCACUUCUAG